AUGUCGUUGAACGAUCUUGUCCACCCACUUUAUUGGAAUCAAUUUAAGGCAAACGUUACACAGCAAGUUAUUGGAGUUCAAAUACGAACGGGAGAUGGGGUUAGGGAACCACCACGUCUUUUAGACACAUCCAAAGCAGCAUUUUGGAGUUGUAUUGACCAAGUGUCGGCAAAUAUUAAGAAAAGAUAUCCAGAACAACAGGAGCCAAAAAUCUUUUUAACUACUGACAGUCAAGCAAUCAAAGAAUAUGCAAAACACAGAUAUAUGGACAGAUUAAUUACAUUCAACACACGAAUAGCACAUAUUGACUAUGAAGCAUCUGCAAGCAUAUUUCAGUCCACCCUUGCAGAAUUUUUAAUGCUUUCCAUGUGUGACGCAUUUAUUAUUUCAAGGUCAAACUUUGGAGAGGCAGCUUCCAUGGUCAAUUUCAAUCCUCGAUUUAAAAUACCAGGAGCCAAGUGCGACCAUAAUCCUCCAGAGUUUGAACUUGCCUCAGGUCAUAUAAUAAUCAGCAGCUUCAAAGCGCAGUAG